ACAUAAGCUAUUCGACCGUUGGUGCCUUUGGAUCAAAACGCCGAGUCCGUCCUGCUCCUCUCCUCUCGCCCAUUCAAACAUCAUGAGACGCCAUGGUUGGCAACGCCCUCUCCAUCCUUUACAGAUUGUGGCAAUGGGAAUUUACAGUUUUUUAGUAGUGGCGUUCUAUACUUUCUUGGGGUUUUUCCUGGGGAACAGAAUUGCCGAAAUUACAGUUACGACACUGUUUUCGCUUGUGGUGCUUUCAGUUAUGUUUCUAUUCAUAAGGUGCACCGCCACUGACCCAACUGACAAAACCAGCGUUAGAAAAAAGAAAAGGGAAUCGAAAUCCAAGAGUUUCUCUAAGCUAAAUUUUGGAUUUAUACUCGGCCGAAUCGUUUUAAGGCAAUUUAGGAGAACAGAAAGAAAGAUCCUUAAAACAUUUAUUCGGAGGAAGUAUCUGGAUCCAUGGAAGGUGGGCCCUCAAAUGGAGCCUUUGGUCCCUUUUCCUCUUGUAACCAAGGAUGAUGUGGUCACUCCUGACCAUAACGAGGACGAUACAACGUUUUGCUCUCUUUGUAAUUUCCUGGUGCAGAGGCACAGCAAACAUUGUCGGACCUGCAACCGCUGCGUUGAAGGCUUCGAUCACCAUUGCAGGUGGCUCAACAACUGUGUUGGAAAAAAGAACUAUACCACAUUCUUUCUUCUGAUGAUAUCCGUGCUGUUAAUGCUAGCCAUCGAAGGAGGGAUGGCCAUUGCCAUAUUUGUGAGGUGUUUUGCAGAUAAGAAAGGAAUGGAAAUGGAGCUGCGACGAAGACUCCAUAUAGACUUUCCAAGAGAGGCGCUUGUCACAAUUACGGUUUUUCUUGUCUUUAUGACUGCGUAUGGCUCAGCAGCACUUGGACAACUAUUUUUAUUUCACGUAGUUCUCAUAAAAAAGGGAAUGAGAACAUAUGACUACAUACUAGCCAUGAAAGCGGAGAGCCAAUCUAUUAUUGAAGAUCCAUUUGAUGAGGAUUUGGAUUUCUCUUCAGACGAAGAUUUUGAUUCGCCUGAGAAGAAGACAUCUUUGGUGUCACGUUUUGCCGUGUGCCAAGGGCGUCAAGUCAAAGAGGACUCGGCAAAAUUUUCCAUAAGAAUAGACGCAGAACCCCUGCCACCAUCCACCGGUAAACAAGGUCUUGGUAUCAGCAUUGAUCCAUGGAAAUUGAUGACUCUGAGCAGAGAUAAGGCUCUCGCGGCAGCUGAGAAAGCCAAGGAAAGACUUCAGAGAUCUAAACACGAUUACCUAAAGCCCCUGCCACUAGAGACCAAAUCUGGCCUACUGACCGAUACUAUGACUAGUACCGGUAAUUAUAACGGUAUAGAUGGGAGGGGCAGAUGCUGGGGGAAUGCGAAAGGUGUAUGUGGGGUGUUGCCUAAGGGAAGGGCACCUACUGGCUCCCCGGGAAGUUUUUCGAGCCCAAGGCGGCGUUGCUCUAGCACUCAAAACAUGGUCCCAGCCUCAGCCUCAGCCACAGCCACUUCGGCAUCCCCAAAGCACAAGUACAGAAGCAAUUUCGACUUGAAGUUGACAGAGGUGUCCAAAGAGCUUGAGACCUACAUUUCAAGGCAGGUUUUAUGCUCCAUCAUUAAGAAGGAAGGGAGCGUGGCCUCCCCAAGAUAGUUCUUUUUUAUUC